AUGCUAAAAAAAUCACUAGAGUUUGUUGCCGGUGCCGAAAAAGUCACUAGAGUAGCUGUCGGCAUCAAAAAAGUCAUUGGAGUUGCUGCUGGGGCCAGAAAAGUCGUCGGAAUUAGUAUUGUCGUCAAAAAAUUACUGGAAAAUCACCGAAAAUUGCGUGUCAACUCUACUGCAACACCAGCAGUUACAACACCAGCAGCUGGUUCACGCACCAGUUCUACACCAGUUACAAAGUGGCAGCCUCCUCCAGAGAACAAAUUCAAAUUAAAUGUAGAUGCGGCUUUGGAUUCUUCAAGGACCAAAAUUGGUAUUGGUGUUAUAGUCCGGAAUUCGGAUGGCCAAGUUGUGGGAGCGAUGUCUAAACCAGCAGUAGGCAAUUUUAAGUCGCAGGAAAUGGAGGCUAAAGCGAUGUUUGUUGGUCUCUCGUGGGCAAAGCAAUAUCAAAUUCCUGUUGACUAUGUGGAAACUGAUUGCCUAAUGCUUGUUAAUGCUUUGAAUGGAUGCAUUUCACAAAAUUUGGGUUUCUUUGAUUUGGUUUCUGAUGUAACUUUUCAUUUAUCCUUUUUCUCUAAUGUUUGUGUUUCUCAUGUUAAGAGAGAUGCUAACCAAGCCGCUCAUGGUUUGGCUAGACAAGCAUUACAGCUGGAUAAUAAUUGUAUAUGGUUAGAAGAGAUUCCUUCUACCAUUUUUUCUGUUGUUGUAAACGACUCUAUGUGA